AUGGCAAGUACCGGCGCCUCGGCCGCCCUCCACUAUGUGAUCUACCGGGAUUCGAACUGCACAAAUGAUGCUGUAUGCCGAGAGGUGGUGGAAGAGACGAAGGAUCACGUUUGGACACGGGAGGGGAUGCUGUUGAGUUCGAAUGAUGGUUAUUCCGGCUUCUACUCCCAGCACGGCAGCUCCCGGGUCCUCAACACACCUAUGGACCUAUGGAAAGUCGUCAACGUCCUCUUCCGGCUCAGCGAAAAGUUUGAGGGGCUGGUUUUUAGCAUUGCGACCGACGAUGAGAAGCAAAAUCCCUUUUACCAGGAGUGCGAAAAGAACGAGGUGUUGCCAAAGUGGGCUACCGUACCCGGGUUGUUUACGAAAAAGGUAUACGGUUGCGGCGGUGUCCUCCACUGUAUCACCCCGGAAGUGACGGCGGCCAAUCCAAAAAUGCAAGGUGUUGAGAUUGUCCGCAAACUCGGCCGGCAAACGCGGAAUAUUCUGGUGACCGAGGCCGUCCAGCAGCGGAUAUUUUUGGCCAAGCAGAAGCGCUUUGGGAUGAAUCGAACUGGUGUAAGCUUGCCUGAAGAAUUUGCAUAUAUCGCAAGACAGCGCCCAGAUUUGCUUUCAAAAGCGAUCCGGGAAUUCGGAGAUGAAGAAUUUGACGAGCAGCUUACCAAGAAGCUCGAUCGACUCGAAAAAGUCAUGGUCCACGUCGAAAUCUGCGAGCCGGAUUUUAAGGUGGUGACCGCACUUGCCGAUAUCGACGGGCCGGCAGAUAUUGUUUCCUACCGAAUUGGGCACGUGCUGCUGGCGCUCGACGAAAAAUAUGCAAAUUACCAGAACGGGGUGCUGACGCCGGAGGAUCAGCUGUAUAGGAAUAUUGAAGAUGGCUUCGAGCGUGAUCGCCUCUCGGCUCUAGCGUUGGCUUUAGCAGGCCAGAAGGUCUCCACCGCGCACCAGUAUCAAAUGGCAAAAUCGCUCGUCACGGAGGCACAUCGUCAGAUUUGUAGGAAUAUUUUUAGAGAAUCGGCGGAAUCUUCUACAGAUACCAGAGAUACAGCUUGUUCUGGCGAUGAUGAAGAUCAACUUCCGGCCGAGAGGAAUAAGAACCGGAAACAGGUCUACAAGAAAAAGAAGGAUCGCCCGGAUCUUGGAAAGAAACGAACCCUAGCACCCCUGAAUCUGAAGAAGCUGAUCCCUGACGCUCCUCCAAUCGACUUUGACAUGGAGCUCGAGACCCCGACGACGUCCUCACAAUUCAAGAACUUUGAGCGAGCCGCAAACGGGGAUGAUGCCUUCUACAAGGAGAGCAGCGAGGGUGUUAGCCUGGGGGAGGAGGAGGAACUCGAAUUCUUUGCCACGCGGAGCAAGACCUCCAAGCCAGCGUUCCAUGAGAAAAUGCCAAGCCCCCGCCCCCUCUACGUCCGUGCCCCGGUCCUCGAAUCCGAUGACGGCUUCGAUUUGGCCGAUAUUUUGAGCGCGGCUCCACCUCUGGCAGCUAACGAUGAGGAGUUUGACGACAUC